ACUGCAACAUAGUCAAAGAGUGAAAGGGAAGAGGGCGAAAGUGCCAGUGGAAAUAAUUGAUUAGCUGGCAGUCGAUGCUAACUUGUUAGUAAUCGCCAAGUGUUUGCUGCUCGCCAUUUCCAAGGAAGCUCCUGCCUGCGCGGAUCUUGCUCCAGAGGAUCCACACCUUUGGAAUAAGAUUUUCCAUCUUCCUCUGUUAUGUGACUUUUUCACCCCCCCACCUCGCCUUCAUAGCCUCACGCUGAUUUUAUUUUUUUAUUUCCACAAACGAGUCAAUCUCCGCACCAAAUGAUGACAUCUAAAGAGGUGGCCAAAUGCGAUGCGGGGGAGAACAGGAGGCGAAGCCCGCUGGACCACUUGCCGCCCCCCGCCAACUCCAACAAGCCGCUGACCCCCUUCAGCAUAGAGGACAUCCUCAACAAACCGUCUGUGAAGAGAAGUUACACCAUUUGUGGCACGGCGCAUCUCAUUUCCUCCACGGAGAAACACCGCGCCUCCAGCCUCCCCCUGUCAAGCCGGGCUCUGCUCACCCAGACCUCGCCUCUGUGCGCCCUGGAGGAGCUCGCCAGCAAGACAUUCAAGGGCCUGGAAGUGAGCGUGCUGCAGGCGGCAGAAGGCCGGGACGGGAUGACCCUGUUCGGCCAGAGGACCACCCCGAAGAAGCGCCGGAAGUCCCGCACGGCCUUCACCAACCAUCAAAUCUACGAGCUGGAAAAGCGCUUCCUGUACCAGAAGUACUUGUCCCCGGCGGACCGGGACCAGAUCGCCCAGCAGCUCGGCCUAACCAACGCGCAGGUCAUCACGUGGUUCCAGAACCGGAGGGCCAAGCUAAAGCGGGACCUGGAGGAGAUGAAGGCGGACGUGGAGUCGGCCAAGGCCAUCGGCCAGGUCCCCUUGGACAAGCUGGCCAAGCUGGCCGACCUGGAGAAAUGCGCCAACGGCACGCUGGGCCAUCCGCGGCCCGAGUCCCCCACGCGGGGCGGCCAGCAGGAGCUCGAUCUCGGCCAGAAACUGAGGAGAUCCCCGCUGUCCCCUUUCUCAGACCACACAACGAGUAAAGAGUGCUCGGAGGACGAGGACGUGGAGAUUGACGUGGAUGACUGAUGGCUCUGCGCGGGGCUGCACUGGACGCACCAAACCAAACGAAAAAGACAUCAUGAGCAUAAAACGCCGUCGAGGACUUGUGUAACUUACUGCUGAUAUUGUGUACCACUUUUCACAAUAUGUACCAAAAUGUAAUUCUACUUUUAUACGGACGUGCGCGCGCGCGCACACACACACACACACACACACACAUAGCGCAGCAUGAACACACAACAAGAAGACAGUCAUCAUGUAACAAAACAAACAACUUUGCAAUCAAAGCAAUACGGUCAAAAUCACACUGAAUUGAUCAUGACUAGAAUGUUCUUAUCAUUUGAAAGACUACCCCCUUCUUUUUUUGAAAGGUUCUCAUAUUUUUUGCAUGAAAAUGCAUGAUUUGAGUUGUGAUGUAUUUAUUUGGAUUUAAUUUAAAAACAUCAUGAAGAUUGCAGGACUUUUUUCUCCACACGAGAAAGCAA